UUCUCAAAGAUGCAAAUUGUCUGUUUGGGACUGCUCCUUUUCAGUCUGACCUGGGCAGCACCGGCUUCUCAACCACAGACUGAGAAAACUAAGCAAGACUGUGUGGAAGAACAGAAGAUAACGUACAAAGGCCACCAUGAGAGACAAGGGUAUUAUAUGUAUAAGUACAUUCACACAUCAUCUGGGAGGAAAAAUCAAACUGACAUAAAGCAGGAAGAAAAAAACAAAGACAAUAUUGCUUCUCACCAUUCUGGCAAGAAACGAAAUCAAAAGCCAGCACCUAAAGAAAAUAUGGUCCAGAAAAGAGGAAAAAACUUGUCUCUUCUUGAAGCCAAUGACAAUAGCCUAAGUAGUAAAUCCAAAAAUCCUUUAGAAAAAAGACAGACAAUGAAUGAAGACUAUAGUAUCAGUAACAAACAAAAUACCCACAGUGACCUGAAGGUGUCCACUUAUCAUGAAUCCACUGAGGACAGAGAUGAUGCCAUCAGCCAGCUACAUGGCCAAGAAGAAUAUGGUGCCACUGUCAUCAGAAAUAUGCGACAUAUGAUGGAGCCAUGGAAUGUGCUUGAACUCUCCGGGAAGGAAAACAGAGAGAACAAACUCAGGAAUGUCCUGAACACAAUUCCAGCAGGUGCCCCCUCAAAAGAUAAGAAGAAUCAUCAAAGAGAUCUCCAAGCCCACAAUAUUCCAGUAAAAAACAAAAGCACCCACCAUAUCGCAUUCAACGCUGUCUAUUCAAAACAGCUUCCAAAAGUCAAAAAAAUCCCCAGUGCUUGGGAAGGCAGUGGUUACCCAGACCUUCAAAAGAGGGGGGACAAUGACAUUGUUCCUUUCAGUGGAGACGGCCAACCUUUUAAGGACAUAUUGGAUAAAGGAGAAGCUAUUGGUCCUGACACAGAAGGUGCAGACAUUCAAGUAGAGUUUUCCAGUCCAAGUGAAGCUGAGACUGUGAAUCCUGAUGCAAGAGGACCAGGUUAUAAUGAGAUCACAGAGGAAGAGGAAAAUGGCAGAGAUACAAUUGGAACCAGGGAUGAAACAGCAAAAGAGGCAGAUGGAGCUGAUGUCAGCCUAGUGGGAGGCAGCAAUGACAUCACAGGAAGCACUGAUUUUAAGGAACUCCCUGGAAAGGAAGGAAACAGAGUGGAUGCCAGCAGCCAAAAUGCUCACCAAGGGAAAGUAGAGUUUCAUUAUCCUCCUGUACCUUCAAAAGAGAAGAGAAAAGAAGGCAGUAGUGAGGUAGCUGAGAGCGCUGAUCAUAAUGAAAUUCCAAAACAUGGCAAAGAUAGUAGUAGAAAAGGUACAGAGCAUUCUGUAGUGAGUGAAAAGCAAAGGCUGCCUCAUAAGGGCAAAAGUCAGGGCCGGCUCAUUCCUUCUCAUGGUCUCAAUAAUGAAAUUAGAAAUGAAAUAGGUCCCCAUGAUUAUACACCCCACAGACAAAAUAAUUCUACACGGAAUAAGGGCAUGCCACAAAGGAAACGCUUCUGGGGUUACAGAAAACCCCAUUAUAGGAGGAGGUUUAGCGCCCCUAAAAAGCAUGACAGUAGUGAAUCAUCUGACAGUGGCAGUUCGAGUGAGAGUGAUGGCGACUAGUCCACUAGAAAAUCCCAGCAGGACACAGGUUUGAACGCCUGGACACCGGUGACGUGAUGGUGAAGGCAAGCCACGGAGAGGAGGCAGCAGAUGGAAGGGCGGAGCAGCAACUGAGCAAGCCAAGACCUGGCCUCUUGGCGAGAAUUGUUGCUAUUUUUAUGGGUAUAGUAUGAAAUUCUAUUCAGUUAUGACGCAUUUUUUAUGGAAAAAAUUCAUUAAGGACUUAUGGAAGAGAUAAUAUUUGAAUAGCUGUCAUUUAAAAUAGUUUGUGAAUGUCACAAAAGUCUUCCUUUAUUGUUUGCUCUGUAGACAUG